AAGGGCGCGUCAGCCAUAAGAAGCCAUACGUGUGCGAGCCGGUCCCCACCGCCCCCGCGGCGUUGUCACCAUCAUCCUAAGGGCACUGGAGCAGCCUCGGGCGCUGCUGCCUGGGAUCCGAGCCCGGGGCGCGUGGGGCUCUGCAGGCUGGCACUCAGACCCAGCGCGCAGGAUGCCAGGAAUAGCACAUUUCAAACCUACAAGAAAGAAGUGUGCCUCCCAGGUCAUUCGUCUCCUCUGGAUCUUACUCAAAUACACGCUGCUCCCUGGGCCAUUCUCCAAGACCCCAUCUGCUGUGAGUGCCAGACCAGAUUCGGGGGCUGCCUACCUGUACCCAGGGCAGAAGCAGCACUGCCUUACUGGGUUCCUCUGUCCCUGAGACCCCGAAAGCAGAGUCAAAAGAUAGUUCAAUUUUAUAUCCACCAAACGACCAAGAUGUGCCCCUGCCCAUUCCACUGCUUUGGAGGCUAUGUCCCGAAGCCUACAGACCAGGUAGUGAUGCCCUACUGGGUGCCCCAGGUCCUGAGGUCUCAGCAGCAGGUGGUGAGGAGGCAGGAGAGUUUGAAAGGCAUCCAAGCACCCCCGCUGGAUGCAUGUUUCUGGCACAACUGCUGCAGAAUCUGUGGUGAUGGGUGCCUGCUGCCCUAAUGGCUGCUCCAGGCUCCCUACCAGGACGAGCUGCUGGCUUCUCCAGCACACCUGCUGCCCCUCGGCCUCCUGACCCUCCUCCAGGCCAUCCCGAGGGUCAUUGUGGCCAUUUGGUGAGCAGGUGGGGGGAUGGGGGACAGCGGGUGGCCCUGGCAUAGAGGUACCCACCUGAAGGAGGCUUGGUGGCCAUCAGAGACAUGGGAGAGUCAGGGGCAGGGGUUAGCUUGACAGGCACCAGAGGCCUGGCACUGUGAGUGUGUCCUGUGGCGUUCUGCACAGCACAGGCUCUGUCCUAUCUCACCUAGAGAUGCCAGGGCAGCCUGGGAGCAGUGGGGGCCUUGUGGGGCAUUUCCAGGUUUCUCCUUUCACCCCUUACCUGUUCCCAAGUUCUGAAAUGGCCCUGCUCCCAGAAGAACAGGGGCCCCAGUUUCCAUAUAUUUCCAUUGUUAUGUUGGGAUUGGCAGUGCAUCUUAACGGCUACUCACCCUCCAGCCUCUGAGGUCUGAGCACCCUGUCAGGCAUGGGGUCCUCCCGCCUGUCCCCAGCUUGAGCCCUGGCUGCCAGGCUCCAUACUAGAAGGCCCCUUUCCCAGGUCUCUAGUCCCUGCCCUCACCCAGGCUUCAAGUUUUGCCCCUGACACCUUUGCUGCCCACAGCCAUAGCUUCCUGCUGGGAUACCUCCCCCAGAAAGCCUCCAGGGCCACUCCUGUGAUCAGGAGGCAUCUGUGACAGCUGCUGUUUUCCCAUAUAACAUAAUCCACACCCAGAAUUCAACCCAAAUUAUCAUUAGGCGAUUCUUGGUUGUAAUGGCAUUCAUGUGAAUGUGGGUGAGAUUCUGCUAUGAAUGUGGUCAAUAGAUGUUAUUUGUGAAACUCUAAAUUGGCCAACUCUUAAAUGAUAACCUCUGAUUUUCCGU